AUGGCGCCCAACAGCACGGUUUCCCCAGCUUCAGUGCUGACCGAGGCGUCCAUCUCCACGCUGGCACUAGGCGGUGUGCAGGCUAGUGUAAUGGCACAAGGUCCGAUGAUCGACACGGAGAUUGCCUUGGGUGCACCGGCAGUGGCUAAUGUUGAUCAUGCCGUGGACGCCCCUGAUUGGUGGUUGGAGGAAGAGACAGCAGAUUUUGACCCUUGCGUUGUACCUGCGGUCGCGGUUGAUGCAUGUGAGCUGUUGGGUGGGGACGAAAUGUCGGUGACAGUUGCUUGUACUGCUUUUGCUGAUAUAUCGCUGUUCCAGAUGGGCCGGAGGUCCAAGCUCUCCUCGCCGGCAGCUGCGCCAGAUGGAGCUUCUUCCUCAACUAUGGUGCCCGUGAAGAAGGUGCCCACACUCAACACGGCAUACAAUUCGGGGAUGCUGCAUUCCAUCGCCGGAGAAUGGAAUCCAAACAUAAAAGGUGUGUUUUCCGGGAUAGGCAUGGAGGAGUUGUGCAAGAUCAAGGACAUGGGCAACAAUAACCGUAUCUUUAGCAUGUCCCUGUUAGCUAGGAUAGAUCCUAAAGAUAUGAAGAUGGAUAUGGGCGAUGGGAAUCAUGUUGUUGUCAAUUCUAGGGAGGUGGCGAAAUGUAUAGGGUUGUCGCCGUGUGGUAGGAAGAUAGAUAUCCCGGGCGGGGCUUGCUUAGCGAACAGGGAAUCCUUGCUAGAGAACUUGCAUGCCAUCUUAGACACCACUAUGUCUAGGGCAAGUAGGAUCCCUAUCGUCAAAGUGAAGAAAAUCAUACAAAACGCAAGCAAGGUAGCGAUUGUAGGAGCAGAAAAGGAGAAGAUGAUGGUGGCGUGUACAAUCAUAGCCGCUUCAACAUUUCUCCUGCCUAGGGGAGCACACCCUAAAAUUGCAAAUGAACUACUUCCGGUCCUAGCUGAGCCGACCCAGAUCUCCGAUUACGAUUUCUGUGAUUAUGUUGUGGAGGGGUUGAGAGAGGGUGCUGCAAAGCUUAGGGAGGAUCUCCUACAUGACCCAUCUCAGCUGAGUCUCCAAGGGUGCCUUGUCAUCCCUCAGAUCAUUUUCUGUUAUUACCAUGAACACGGGAUGGAACGACGAGAGAACCUGCCGUUCCCUCGCUUGGCCUCGUACUCGGAUCUGUUCAUGAAACUGCAGAUUCGCAAGCAUGCAACUAGGCUUGGUGUGGAAGCUGGAUUUGAGGCAGUGGAUGUCCCCGGGUCUCCGGCAAUCAAUGUCGUUUGUGGGAGCGCAACUCAAGCGCAAGGCUGGGCCAUGCCAAGUUCUAGUGUGCAUGCUCCUCCUACUGGAUUUUGUGUGGACCAUGCGACAGAGAUACCAGGAGAGAUUCUUGAUGCGUUCAGGGAGGCAGUGGAGCAUGGACUGAAGCAGCGUCAGCAGGAAUUCAUCAAAAUGGUGGAGGAGACACUAGUCAAAGUGCUUGAAGAAAUCAAGACCAAGGCUGAUGCUAAACGGCAGAGAGACCUGGAGGACACACUUGGCGAUUUUAUCAACCGAGUGAAGAGGCAAGCUCCGAUGGCUGCCACAUUUCCUAAUGUGAGCCAAACCUUGCAUCGGCCCAGGGCAAGUACAGAUAUUACGCAAGAUCUGGCUGAAACCUCAAGGGAAGCUGCUAGGGCUUUGAUGUCAGUAGUUUUAGUUAAUGAAGAGACGCGUGGCAGACCAGAGACGAGUGCGAUGGGGGGUGCAUCAACGCCUAUGCAAGGAACUGACAUCAACUCACAAGCAGCAGUGCAUGCAAAUGCACGUGGCAAAGAUGUUGCUGUGCAAGCUGGUCUUGAUGAACCAGUGGAGAAGACUAUGAUCGUGGACAACAAAGGAAAGGGGCCGGCUGUUGACUGCGCACUUGACAAACUACCAUGCAUGAGGUCCUGGGAGUGGGAGGAGCUUCUUCUAGGGAUCAGGCUGUGCCUGUCCAUCACCAGGGGCAUUGCCACGACCAUUCCCAUAUGCAACAGGAGGCUUGCACUGCCUGAUUAUGGUGAACAGAGCCGGCCGGGCCCACUUGGUUAG